AUGUUCGGCAGCCAGUGCGAACGUCACCCCAGUCGCCUUCUCGCAGUUUUCCUGGACGCAGAUCCAUUCCUCGCGAUUCGCCCCAGUCGAAAUCAGCACCACGGCGGGGUCCUUCAGAAUGAGCCUGGUCAGAUCUGCGACUUAACCCUCCCCCUCUCUUUCCAGCUCCCUCUCCUUUUCUCCGCUCUCUCCUUUUCCACCCCUCUCUUUCCACCUCCCUCUCCUUUUCUCCGCUCUCUCCUUUUCCACCCCUCUCUUUCCACCUCCCUCUCCUUUUCUCCGCUCUCUCCUUUUCCACCCCUCUCUAUCUCAACCUCCUCUCCUGUUCACUCCUCACUGCUCUUCACACACACCCCUCGUCCAUACCACCAUCAGGAUCACAUCAAUGCAACCCUAUCAGCCCAGGUACCUUCUUUUGAGUCUACUCCCUCUCCUUUUCGCUCCCCUCUCCCAUUCACCCCUCAUCCCCACCACCAUCAGGAUCACAUCAAUGCCACCCUAUCAGCCCAGGUACCUUCUUUUGAGUCUACUCCCUAUCCUUUUCGCUCCCCUCUCCCAUUCACCCCUCAUCCCCACCACCAUCAGGAUCACAUCAAUGCAACCCUAUCAGCCCAGGUACCUUCUUUUGAGUCUACUCCCUCUCCUUUUCGCUCCCCUCUCCCAUUCACCCCUCAUCCCCACCACCAUCAGGAUCACAUCAAUGCCACCCUAUCAGCCCAGGUACCUCCUUUUGAGGCGUUUCAAACCCUCGAACCCCUUUCUUCCCCUCCCUUUUCUCCCCUUUUCCUCUUCACCCUCUUCCACACCACCAUCAGGACAACAUCAAUGCCACGCUAUCAGCCCAGCUCAGAUCUUCUCGUCACGUCAUUUACUUUCCCUACUAGUGAAGGCGCCACUAGACCUUUCCGUGUUUCACUCGGGUGUCAUAUUGCGUGUGACUGCAUGGCAUGGGAUGGUAUAUCAUGGCAUGUGAUGGCACAUCAUGGCAUGGGAUGGCACAUCAUGGCAUGGGAUGGCACAUCAUGGCAUGGGAUGGCACAUCAUGGCAUGGGAUGGCACAUCAUGGCAUGGGAUGGCACAUCAUGGCAUGGGAUGGCACAUCAUGGCAUGGGAUGGCACAUCAUGGCAUGGGAUGGCACAUCAUGGCAUGGGAUGGCACAUCAUGGCAUGGGAUGGCACAUCAUGGCAUGGGAUGGCACAUCAUGGCAUGCGAUGGCACAUCAUGGCAUGGGAUGGCACAUCAUGGCAUGCGAUGGCACAUCAUGGCAUGGGAUGGCACAUCAUGGCAUGGGAUGGCACAUCAUGGCAUGGGAUGGCACAUCAUGGCAUAGGAUGGCACAUCAUGGCAUGCGAUGGCACAUCAUGGCAUGCGAUGGCACAUCAUGGCAUGGGAUGGCACAUCAUGGCAUGCGAUGGCACAUCAUGGCAUGCGAUGGCACAUCAUGGCAUGGGAUGGCACAUCAUGGCAUGCGAUGGCACAUCAUGGCAUGCGAUGGCAUAUCAUGGCAUGGGAUGGCACAUCAUGGUGGUGGAGUGGAGAGCGAGUUGACUCUUGAGUUGGCUCAAAAGGCAGCUGAAGCACUGGAGAAAGCCUUACGAGCUCUCAUGGUUGACAAGCCGCUUCCAUCGCUAGCUGACGCUGCUGCCCGUGCUGCUUACGUGCAUCUGCUGCCACCCCCGCCCUCAAUUCUCAACCUUGCCUCUCUCCUGAAACUUCUGCUCCUCCUCUCCCAUCGCUCCUCUUCCUCUCCUCUGUUUCCCAUUGCAUGCAGUGCUUCCGCCACUGCUAUCGAUCCCACUGACCCGACUGCUGCUAUUGGCCACACGGCUGCUUCGUCUAUUGCGAAUAGUGUCUCUGCUUCUGAGGAUAGAUUCUCCCCUGGGUUUCCUGUGGAUGAGCAUGCGGGGUGUGAGAGCUUCUGUGCGACCUGCAUUCGCCCCCUCAACUGCUCCCUCGUGCCCUCCUUUCCCUGCUCCUGCUGCCGCCGGCCCGACACGCCUGCUAAUGUUGCUGCCUUGGAUGGAGAUUCGGAGGAUGGUGGUGAUGGUGGUGUUGGUGAUAGUAGUGGUGGUGGCAGAGGUGUGACUAUAACAGGAGCUCAGGGUGGGUCAGAGUCCUGUAAAGAGGAGGCCAGGGGUGGGGAUAGUGCAGGGGGAGGGGGAGGAGUGGGGGAGGGGGGAGCGGGGGGAGGGGGAGGAGGGGGAGAGGAGGGAGGAGAAAGGGAGGCGAGGAAACCGGCUUGUGUUGACGGCACGGCGGAGGGCCGAUGGUCGGCUCACUACUUGGGCGACCAGACCAGUCAACCCCUUAUUUUCUCUCCUCCCCUGUGCCUGUCUGCUCGCUUACCCUCCCUGCUCUCGCACUCCCCCCUCUGCUCUCGCACUCCCCCCUCUGCUCUCGCACUCCUCCCCUCUGCUCUCGCACUCCUCCCCUCUGCUCUCCCAUCCCCCCCCUCUCCCCCAUCAGUGACUUCUCUGGCCCUUGAGAUGUUUGAGUGUCUCAAGGGCCAGUGGAUUCACUUCUUUGGCAACCAGACUUCUCGAACGCUUUCCGCCUUUUUUGCCAAAAAGAUGUCACCCCUCUCCACCACUCUCCACCCCUCUCCCGCCCCUUGUGCCAAUCAUGACCUCUCUGGCCGUGAGAUGUUCGAGUGCCUCAAGGGGCAGUGGAUCCAUUUUUUCGGCGACCAGACCUCUCGAACCCUCUCCACCUUCUUUGCCAAGAAGAUGCGAAUCAAAAAGGUUGGCAUCAAACCUCCAGAGGGAUUAGAGCCCCCUUCGCCAUCUUCCUCCUCCUCUGCUUCACCCUCCUCCUCCUCCUCUGCCUCCUCCUCCUCCUCCUCCUCCUCCUCCUCCUCCUCCUCCUCCUCCUCCUCCUCCUCCUCCUCCUCCUCCUCCUCCUCCUCCUCCUCCUCCUCCUCCUCUUCCUCCUCCUCUCCCACUCCCACCGUGGAUGAAGGUAGAGCUCUUAUCCAGAAGGAUGAUCGAAGCUCUUAUAACAGAAGAAGGCUUGCUUAUAACGAGGACAAUACUGCCAGCAAAGGCACUAGCAGCAGCAGCAACUCUAUCGAAGGCUCUUCUAGUGAGAACAUUGAUAGUGACAGUAAUGAGACAGCUAGUAACGAGGGUGACAGUACCGAGAGAGCUAGCACCGCAACUGAUGGCAGUAACGAGGGAGCUAGUAAUGAGGAUGACAAGGCAGCAGGAGGAAGAGCAAGGGGAUGGCAGCCCGUGGCAAGGAUUGCCGAUCGCCCCACUGUCUCGUACCUCUUUCGAGCAAAGAUGGCCCACCAACGCGCCCCAGCUCCAGGGGACCAACCAGAAGACGACGUUAACGACUUCUUUUUUGACGCGCUACAGGACCCUUUAGCGGAUCGGCCGGAUGUGCUUAUAAUGAGUAUGGGCGCGCACGAGGUGUUUGGGUGGUCCGGGCGGCCGCGCGUGAAGCUAAAUCUGACUGUUUAUAAAGAGGAUACGGAGGAGCUGCUGGGGAAGGUGCUGGGAAGCUUCCCGGAGCAGCGGGUGAUAUGGUGGAAGGCGCAUUAUAUCCAACAAGGCAAGAUCAAGGGAGAGCAAUUGUUCAACAUUCGGAGAUACCACAGCCGCUACCAACGCCAUGCUGCCUCCCGCUUUUCUGCCAACAGGCAUUCGAUUGCAGAUUUCUAUGCGACCACCAGGAGGAGGAGCGAGGCUUGUAGAGGGGAUGGAGUGAACUAUGACUCGGAAGUGGUUUGGCAACAUGUGAAGGUCCUUGCGCAUAUGCUGUGUUACAAACAUGCUAACAAAAGAUAA